AUGGGCGCAUGGGGAAGGGCGCAUGGGGAAGGGCGCAUGGGGAAGGGCGCAUGGGGAAGGGCGCAUGGGGAAGGGCGCAUGGGGAAGGGCGCAUGGGGAAGGGCGCAUGGGGAAGGGCGCAUGGGGAAGGGCGCAUGGGGAAGGGCGCAUGGGGAAGGGCGCAUGGGGAAGGGCGCAUGGGGAAGGGCGCAUGGGGAAGGGCGCAUGGGGAAGGGCGCAUGGGGAAGGGCGCAUGGGGAAGGGCGCAUGGGGAAGGGCGCAUGGGGAAGGGCGCAUGGGGAAGGGCGCAUGGGGAAGGGCGCAUGGGGAAGGGCGCAUGGGGAAGGGCGCAUGGGGAAGGGCGCAUGGGGAAGGGCGCAUGGGGAAGGGCGCAUGGGGAAGGGCGCAUGGGGAAGGGCGCAUGGGGAAGGGCGCAUGGGGAAGGGCGCAUGGGGAAGGGCGCAUGGGGAAGGGCGCAUGGGGAAGGGCGCAUGGGGAAGGGCGCAUGGGGAAGGGCGCAUGGGGAAGGGCGCAUGGGGAAGGGCGCAUGGGGAAGGGCGCAUGGGGAAGGGCGCAUGGGGAAGGGCGCAUGGGGAAGGGCGCAUGGGGAAGGGCGCAUGGGGAAGGGCGCAUGGGGAAGGGCGCAUGGGGAAGGGCGCAUGGGGAAGGGCGCAUGGGGAAGGGCGCAUGGGGAAGGGCGCAUGGGGAAGGGCGCAUGGGGAAGGGCGCAUGGGGAAGGGCGCAUGGGGAAGGGCGCAUGGGGAAGGGCGCAUGGGGAAGGGCGCAUGGGGAAGGGCGCAUGGGAAGGGCGCAUGGGAAGGGCGCAUGGGAAGGGCGCAUGGAGAAGGGCGCAUGGGAGAAGGGCGCAUGGAGAAGGGCGCAUGGAGAAGGGCGCAUGGAGAAGGGCGCAUGGAGAAGGGCGCAUGGAGAAGGGCGCAUGGAGAAGGGCGCAUGGAGAAGGGCGCAGCGCAUGGAGAAGGGCGCAUGGAGAAGGGCGCAUGGAGAAGGGCGCAUGGAGAAGGGCGCAUGGAGAAGGGCGCAUGGGGAAGGGCGCAUGGGGAAGGGCGCAUGGAGAAGGGCGCAUGGAGAAGGGCGCAUGGAGAAGGGCGCAUGGAGAAGGGCGCAUGGAGAAGGGCGCAUGGAGAAGGGCGCAUGGAGAAGGGCGCAUGGAGAAGGGCGCAUGGGGAAGGGCGCAUGGGGAAGGGCGCAUGGAGAAGGGCGCAUGGAGAAGGGCGCAUGGAGAAGGGCGCAUGGAGAAGGGCGCAUGGAGAAGGGCGCAUGGAGAAGGGCGCAUGGAGAAGGGCGCAUGGAGAAGGGCGCAUGGAGAAGGGCGCAUGGAGAAGGGCGCAUGGAGAAGGGCGCAUGGAGAAGGGCGCAUGGGGAAGGGCGCAUGGGAAGGGCGCAUGGAGAAGGGCGCAUGGAGAAGGGCGCAUGGAGAAGGGCGCAUGGAGAAGGGCGCAUGGAGAAGGGCGCAUGGAGAAGGGCGCAUGGAGAAGGGCGCAUGGAGAAGGGCGCAUGGGGAAGGGCGCAUGGGGAAGGGCGCAUGGAGAAGGGCGCAUGGAGAAGGGCGCAUGGAGAAGGGCGCAUGGAGAAGGGCGCAUGGAGAAGGGCGCAUGGAGAAGGGCGCAUGGAGAAGGGCGCAUGGAGAAGGGCGCAUGGAGAAGGGCGCAUGGAGAAGGGCGCAUGGAGAAGGGCGCAUGGAGAAGGGCGCAUGGAGAAGGGCGCAUGGAGAAGGGCGCAUGGAGAAGGGCGCAUGGAGAAGGGCGCAUGGAGAAGGGCGCAUGGAGAAGGGCGCAUGGAGAAGGGCGCAUGGAGAAGGGCGCAUGGAGAAGGGCGCAUGGAGAAGGGCGCAUGGAGAAGGGCGCAUGGAGAAGGGCGCAUGGAGAAGGGCGCAUGGAGAAGGGCGCAUGGAGAAGGGCGCAUGGAGAAGGGCGCAUGGAGAAGGGCGCAUGGAGAAGGGCGGGUGGGGAAGGGCGGGUGGGGAAGGGCGUACGGGGAAGGGCGGUCGGGGGGACGGCGGGGAUGAGUGGACUGGAGGGAGGAAAAGGCGGAGAGAUGCAAGCAACGGAGAAUGGACAGACAGGGAGAGAGAUGGGAGGCGGAAAAAAGGGGAAGGGCACAGAGGGCGGGGAACGGCAGAUGCAGGGAGAGGAGGAAGAGGAGGAGGAGGAGGAGGAGGAGGAGGAGGAGGAGGAGGAGGAGGAGGAGGAGGAGGAAAGGGGGUCUGAGGGUGAUUGUUCCGCAUGCAAUGUGCCCCAAGGGUGA